UGGUGGGCGCGUUUAAUUUCAACAAUUCGCUUGAUUUUUUUUUUUAAUCAGUGACUUUUAACACGUAUUGUUUUGUCCUGAUUGCGAGCCUGAUUUCACAUGCAAUUGCGGGGUGGUGGUGGUGGGGAAGGUAUCUUGUCAUUUGUGCAUGGUACCUCCGUGUUUAGCUGAGCAUUCUUUACUUGCAGCUUAUCAAAAGGUCAAUUUGCUCUCCAUGAUUUCUCAAAGCCUCCUAAAUUUGCUGCUUCAAAGGGUGCCUGCCACAGCUCUUCAAGCAGCCUGUGUCUUCCAGUUUGCAAAAUAACGUCAGUUUGAGGAAACUUAGCAAAGGAAGAUGGGUAUGCCUGUGCUACCAUUUUUAAACUAUUAAGCUUUGAACUCUCCCAGAAUGCUGAGUAUGACACGAUUUGCCCUGGGGACCAGGAUUUUAGGGUUGUCUUUGCGUGGCAAGUCUUCCCUUGCUGCCACGAUGGCGAAAUAUCGGAAGAUGUGGAAACCAACAGAACCACAGAACUGGGCACUGGAUUAUCAAGAGAAAUACAUCCCGUUUUCCAAGAACCAACUUGUUGAUGCCCUAGUAAAGGAGUUCCACUCUUCUAAUCGCGAAGAACGCCUCUCAUUCUUGCAGUUUGUGUCUCAAGUGGACUCGUCACUUGUACCCCAUUACUACUCUGUCCUGGAGCAGUUAAAGACACUCUAUACACCUAUUAAUCCUGACCGGGACACACUUCAGGAGUUCUAUUUGACAGAUGCUGAACGGUUAACAAAAGAACAGGAUGUUUUGGCCAGGAUGGAACCACUACUGGAUCAGGCCAACUUCAACAAGCUGUCAAAAGAAGCACUGGCUUAUGCACUAAUUGUCAAUCACCCUCAUGAUGAAGUCCAGGUGACAGUGAAUUUGGAUCAGUAUGAAUAUAUAACAUUCUGGGCUCUUGGCCAGCGGAUAGGACCUCUGCGAGUGAUGACUGCCACUCGAGCCCAGAGGAGGGGCUUCUUCGGCACUGCUCGGAUUCCUGCAGACAGGCAUUACUUCAAACGAGUUAUAGUGGCUGCCCGAACUAAGAAUGCCCAUCUGGUGCUGAAAUGCUUCAAGGACAUCCCUCUGGAAGGUCUGGAGCAGCUGCUGCCAUCUGUCAAAGUCCGCACCUCCAUCUUCUACAGAGCUCUCCUCAAUACCAUGCUGAUGGUGAGCGGCUUGGCCCUCUUUGUCAACGUGGGCAUGGUGGUGCUCUCAGACCUCAAGAUAGGCACCACUACCCUGCUCUUCUUCUUUGCUGCCUUAAUGGCCUUCCGGGCCUGGAAGGUCUUUGGCCAGCGGCGGAACAUCCACUCUCUUGAGCUGGUGCAUAUGCUGUACUACCGCAGCACCUCCAACAACUCAGAGCUUUUGGAUGCCCUCACUCUGCGGGCCCAGGAGGAGCACGCCAAGGAAGUCAUCUUGGCCCACAGUUUCCUGCUGCGGUGCCAUCCGCAGCACCAGCACCCCUUGCCAAAGGAAACAGGUGUUGAAACAGACUCCAAGCCUGUUGAACAUCUGAGGGAACAGGUUGAGGCUUGGCUGCGCCUGCACUCUGGGCUGGAAAUAAACUUCUGUGCCGAACGUGCCUGCAAGCAUCUCAAGGAAUUGGGAAUUAGGGGAGCAGCCUAUCCUGUCAUUAGAUAAGAGCUUCCUGGGGUUGUUUUAGUUGGUGUUUGGGACUCUAAAUCAGCCUUGUCCCCACUGUCAAACCCGUGGUAUUGAGCAUGCCAAAUUUUGAGGUCAAGAGGAUGGAAACACUCAUUUUUCCAAAACACUAAGAAAACAGUGCCCUGUGGUGUAAUUACUCAUGGCACAUAGAUGCUUGGAAGCUAUUGGAUUUCAGCUACUGAGAUGUGCUUCCUUCAGCACCACAUCUUCUUCCAGAUAUCCUGCUGGAAAUGUAAUGUCAAUAUGUGCAUGCCAUGAAAAUACUAUUUGGGGUACAACAUUAAGCCUCAUUUUACAAAGCCAUAAUGCACCUCAGAUUCUCCUCUUUGCGGAGAGGGGUUUCUUGCUUUUAAAAUAUCCCAGCACUUUUUAUUAUACAUGCUACUUUUUUUUUUGUUUUGAGCUGCUUUUCUUUCCCCAAGGAAUGAGUGGAAGCAGUUUACAUUUGAAAUGAGCACUGUGCAAAGCAGUGAGUCUCUUUUGCAUUUAGGGCAAGAUGGGUUUUUAAUAUCAUGAGCUAUCCUGCUGGGGGCAUUUCUGAAAAAUAUAUUAACUCACUUCUAUAGCACUUUGAAUUGCAUAGUGUACACUUAAAGUCAUAUUGCAUGCUAGGCUUCCUCUCUUUAUUUUUUUUGGCCAGUUUUACAGAGAUUGCAGAGGUUGAUGCUUCCCAUGCUGUAUGGUCUUGAACAAAAUAGUAAAUUAAGGCAGUGUGUAUAGAAAGAUUGCAGUAGGUAAGUUUUGAAUUACUGGAAGAACAGAUCCCCAUUCCCCUCAGUUUUGUUACUAAAGCACACUAUUGGGUGGGUGGGGGCUCCUCAGAUUUGAAGACUAGGAAUUUGCACAUGGCUAAGGAAUUCUCAGUUACAGGGGCAGGGAGUGCAGUGCUGGAAAACCAGGUCAGGAAGAGAUCAUCAUGGGCAAAAUCUAUGUGGUUGCUAAGAGUUGACAAUGAUUUGAUGGCACAUCAUCAAAUCAAAGGAAUUAUUGGGUGCAAGAAUUGGAAUGAUUUUGCUGCUUGUGAACAUGUGAAUCUGAUCUUAUUCUACCUCCAUGGUGACUCCCUGUACUCCUGUCUAUAAGGAUCAGUAGUUUAUGUAUGUUCAACGCAUGUGUGCAUAUACUUGGAGAAAUUAGUUCUUUAUUCUAAAGAAUGUUCUUGGAACAGGUGCAGAAUUGUUCACUGCUAGUUGUAAGACAUGAGGCCUCUCCCACUUCCCUUUCCCACCUCCCUUUGUCUCAAGAGAGCCUCUAUGUUCCCUGUGGAAUUGCCACAGAGAAGCAUAUAUCAGAUUUGUAUUCUGUCCACACAGUGAGAUUAUUACAGCAGCAGCAACCCAGAAUUCUCUAGUUUCUGUUGAAAGCUCAAUCAUAGACAUUUUUUGCAUAAAGAUGAGUGAGGCAAGUGCUGCUUACAUGUACUCAUCUGGUCUCAAGAGAUCCAAAGGUAAACUCGUAGUAGUAUGAUGAUUUAGUUGAGAACAUUUCCACGCUGUUCACUUUGGAUCCUUCAAGUAGACCAGUGCUGCUAUCUACAGUUACCUAUUUCAAGAUGCUAACUGAGUAGCUGUUCCGUGCUGAUACCUAUCUGGAUGGUGGUAGGAGAGGAGCCUCAGAACAGAUGGCUUUAGCAUGGCUUUAAGCCUGAGCUUAUCAUGCCCAGAAUGAACACUGAGUCUGAUUAUCAUCUUCCACCAAAUGGGAAUGCUGUCAUAGUUUGUGGGAGAUACAGAAAUGUCUCUUUCUUUGGUGCAAUAAAUUUUUUUGUGCAUCACUGCA